AAAAAGCAAUUUUGCAUUUCAGUCUAUAAUAGUUUAGUGAAGUGAAAGCGAAAGAUUGCAUACGUCCAAGUUGUUAUCAAAAAUUUUUAAAAAUUGCAAAUCGCUUUUGAAGAGUUCUUAAAUCCCUUUUUAAGUGUAUAUGGGGAAAAAAAAAAAGAAUUGUAAAAUAUUGCAUAACAGCCAUUGAUUAGGAACUCGCUUGACUAGCACAUACUUCUCCCGAGCACUCUGUUCUCAUUUAAAUGGGAAACGGUAAAAGUGAAAGAAUAAAAUUUGUUAAUGCACAUAUAGAAAAUGCAUUCUUCCGUACGUCAUGCCGUCAAGUGUUUUUUCGCCGAAAUUCUUGGUACCGGUCUGCUGGUAUUUCUCGGCUGCAUGGGUUGUAGCUCGACGGUGAAUUCAAUCACCUCGCCUUUGCAGGCCAGCAUCAAUGUUAGCAUAGUGGUAAUGAUGAUGGUUCAGUGCUUCGGUUGUAUUUCGGGCGCUCACAUCAAUCCAAUGAUAACUGUGGCCGCAUGUGUGUACGAUUUGGUGUCUAUACCUUUGGGUUUAGUUUAUGUUUGUGCGCAAAUCUUAGGCGCAAUGCUUGGCUAUGGUUUAUUAAAGGUUCUGUUACCAGCCUAUAUAAUGGACGAGGCAUACAAUGAUCAUGGCUUUUGUGUAACUGCGCCAGCCAAAGAUAUAACGGUUGCUCAAGCUUUCGGUAUUGAAUUCAUAAUAACAUCGGUAUUUGUGAUGGUUUGUUGCGGCAUUUGGGACCCACGUAGUGCCACUCUGAUUGAUUCGGUUGCCUUACGUUUAGGUCUUACGGUUGGCGGCUUAGUGGGCAUAGCUGGCUCAUUUUCUGGUGCCAGCAUGAACCCGGCUAGAUCAUUAGCACCCGCUUUAUGGCAUAUGGAUUUUGAAAGUCAUUGGAUUUAUUGGGUGGCCCCUCUCACCUCUUCACUUCUCACUUCUUACCUUUAUAAGUACUUUUUUAGAAGUACAUUACGUCCUGGCUCAGUGUCAGACAUUUAAAAGAUCAUUUUUUGCUACAAAAGAAAAAAAAAAUUACGAUAAAUACGCAUCUUAUUUAGAUAUUAAGAUAGACCUAAGUGUAAUUUGCAGUAUUAUUAAAAGAAAAAACAUUAGAAAUGUUUUAACACUCAAUAUGAAAAUAGUAAGUGGAAAUUUGGCGCAAACACUACACUGAUCCCUUAUUAAUACGAGAUCAAAAAUGGGCAUGAUCUGUUCACAGACUCGCGUACAAUGCAGCAGGCACUAAAACAAUUUCAAAAAAUACCGCCUGUAGCUUACGAUUAUGAUGAGGAUUACAAAGUAGUGGAACAGAACAGCGUUAGGGGAUAAACGCAGCCUGGGGCUUAUAUACCCGAUGAGCACGUGUUAUGUCUUUACCAAUCGAGUACUCACUAUUCCUGCGACCACACACCAAUCAUAUUUAUAGUAAGGCCCCACCCCAGCGUGAAUUAAACCCGGGUAGGCCGGCCCGAUAGUCUAUUCGCUUAAGUACUUCUUGAAGCGGUUGUCCAAUUCCAAAGAAUUCUUGAUAAUUCUUUGCGAAGCAUGAUUUACGGCAACGUGGGCUUUUCAUAUACUAGGCAAACUUUUAAGAGAAUCAGUGAUAAAAGCAAAUAGUGCUAAACUAAAUUUCCACACUCUAUAACAGUGGGUGGACAUGGCCGAUUUCCACAGAUUUCAGAUUUAGAUGGUGUAUGUGCUAUCAGGUAGCCAAAAAACGCGACGAAUAAAAAUAUUUACAGUUUUCGUUGCGUAGGCGCGUAAGCGUUGUAGACGUAUCAUUUACACCGUUUGAGUUAUUUUGAAAUUUUUUUGGAAAUCUGAGGGUGAUUUGUUAAAGUUUGAGAGGGGGUAAUGUUUACCGUAGACAGUACAUAGUUUGGUAGAUGGAGAGAUUGACAGACGAACAGGACGAUCUGCUUAGGUGCAUUCCGAAUUUGAAGCCAAGAAUUUGAGGCUUUUUGAGGCUUGCUUCUAAGCGUGUAAUAUAGGCUAAGCGAGCUCAGUUUUCUCAUUUUUGUACGUGGACUGCAGCAUCACCCAUAAAAUAUGUGCUCAAGUUUUCGUAGAUUUAUUUCCUACAGUUUAUGAGUAAUGAAUGAAAAACGAAAUUUUUUAUUCUUCUUGAAAAAGAAAAGUUUUCCGAGUCUAAAUGGUACUAUAGGCGUGCUUCUCGAAUGAUUUCGACCAUUUUCCAUACCAACCUGCAUGCAAGGACUUCCAAUGUUUUAGUAAAAUUUUGAAGUCGAGAGGAGGAUUCAUCAACUGCUCAGCUGUUCAGAAGUUCUUCGAGAGUUCGAGCUGGGUUUUUGUCACAAAAGUUUGGCGAUUCCUUGUCUUCGAACUUUUUUGGUCGUCAAGACGGUUCUAUGUCGUUGUGCUCAAAAUCACCGCCUCUAAACCGUUGAAACCAGGAAGGCA